CAUGAGCGCGGCGGGGCGGGCGCGCGAGCCCGAGGCCGAGAUGCCGGCGACCGAGAAGGACCUGGCGGACGACGCUCCGUGGAAGCGCAUCCAGCAGAACACGUUCACGCGGUGGUGCAACGAGCACCUCAAGUGCGUGCAGAAGCGGGUGGGCAACCUGCAGACCGACCUGGGCGACGGGCUGCGGCUCAUCGCGCUGCUCGAGGUGCUGAGCCAGAAGAAACUCGGCCGGAGGUACAACGCCCGGCCCACGUUCCGCCAGAUGCAGCUCGAGAACGUGUCCGUGGCCCUCGAGUUCCUCGAGAGGGAGAAUAUCAAGCUGGUGUCCAUCGGUCA